AUGGCUUCCUCGAACCCGCAUGCCCCAGAAGCACUUCGUGAAGCUCUCACAGCGCUUGGAAACACGCUCGGUGACGAAACGUAUGCUCUUGUUGGUGGAAGUGCUUGUACAGCGCUAGGCUCCGAGCGAGCAACCCAGGAUAUCGACUUUGUUGUUCUUAGGGGCCAAACUCCUGCUGUGAGAAAUUUGUUGCGGCACUCUGACGACUUUGAAGUUGAAGCAAGAACAUACCAUACAUGGUAUAAAGCUGCUGAACCUGUGGAGAUUGAGAUCCUCGCGCCCCCUGCAUUGUUCCGGGAAACAUUUGAUGAAUUGACCGAAGUGAUCACAGUCGGAAACUUGAAGGUCCUAAAGCCGGCAUUGCUUCUAAAUGCAAAAUGUGGAUCUAUCCUCAGUCGGGCCAGUGAGGCUAAGAAGAGAACCGAUGCCCAAGAUAUUCUGUUCCUUCUUGGUUAUUGUGCUGAACACCCUGACCAACUUCCAAAAGCUGCUGAGGUUCCAAAUGCGAACAAAGAGUUCGUUGAAGCAUUCAUCCGAAAGUACAGUGGCCAGGAAGCUUGGAUUGGAGCUGGCUAUGACCUGGAGAGGGGCUGUUUCACGAGGGAUUAG